CUGCUGAUUUCUGAGAAUUGCCUGCCCAUAGAGAACCAGUUUCACUUUCAACAAUUUUCUUAUGCGCCAGAACAGCACUGGCAGUUUCACAUUUCCUAGGCACUUGCUCUCUGCUCUUCUGCCUCUGGCCAUCUCUCCUGUGCAGUGAACAGUCCAGAGACCAGGUCAAAUUGCAGUGAGGUGGCAAGGACGGCGCUGGGGAAGGGAAGCCCAGGAACAUUUUCCACAACACUGAAAACCUCUCUAGCAGGACGUCAAGAAGCAAAGACCUAACCUUUGACAGAAUGGUUUUGAAACCUAUCUGCAUGGACGCCCCUGUCUGUCUCAUCGAGAACAGACCCGACGGGAAAUUUGUGAUUAAUGAAGAGGCCGCAGAGUUGCUUGCAUCAAUAUCCCAGCCUGUGGUGGUGGUGGCCAUUGUGGGACUGUACCGCACGGGCAAGUCCUACCUCAUGAACAAGUUGGCUGGCAAGACCUCAGGUUUUGCACUGGGUUCCAUGUUACAGGCCUGCACCAAGGGCAUCUGGAUGUGGUGUAUUCCGCACCCCGAGAAGCCUGACCAAACUCUUGUGCUCCUCGACACGGAGGGACUAGGUGAUGUGGCGAAGGGCGAUUCCACGAAUGACACCUGGAUCUUUGCGUUGACCCUGCUCCUGAGCAGCACCCUGGUCUACAACAGCAAGGGCACCAUUGACCAGCCUGCAUUGAACGAGCUCCACUACGUGACGGAGCUGACCGAGUGCAUCAAGGCGAAAGCCCCAUCCAUGGAUGGACUGGAAGACUCUGCCGAAUUCGUUCGCUUCUUCCCAGACUUCAUCUGGAGCUUGAGGGACUUCACAUUGUGCCUGGAGCUGGAUGGGCAGCCCAUCACUGCGGAUGAUUAUCUGGAACAUGCCUUGACAUUAAAGCAAGGAGACACCCCUGCUAUCGAGAAGUGUAACCUACCACGCAAAUGCAUCCAGGAAUUCUUCCCCACCCGGAAAUGCUUCAUCUUUGAGCGCCCCACCUCCAAGAAGAACCUGUCUCGACUGGACCAGAUGCAGGAGAGCGAGCUGGACCCCGACUUCGUGGAACAAGCAGCCCAGUUCUGCAAUUACGUCUACCGCACAUCCAAGGCCAAGACCAUCCCCGGUGGGCACGUUCUCAAUGGCCGCUUGCUGGCGAACUUGGCGAAGACCUAUGUGGACACCAUUCAAAAUGGAAGAGUGCCCUGCUUGGAGAACGCAGUGCUGGCCUUGGCUAAGAUCGAGAACCCGGCUGCGGUGGCUGAAGCUACGGCCCGCUACGUGGAGCUGAUGGAGCAAUGGCUGAAUCUGCCCACGGAGACGCUGGAGGAGCUGCUAGAGAUCCAUGCCGGGUGCGAGGAGGAGGCCCUCCGGGUGUUCAGAGCUCGAGCCUUCAAAGACGACACACACGAGUUUCAGGCUCAGCUCAAGAACACCCUGGAUCAGAAGAUGGAAGAGUACCGCAAGAACAAUGAGCUUGAGUCUUCAAAGUGCUGCGAGGCUGUGCUGUCGUCUGUAUGCCAGGAGUUGGAGGAGGGCAUCAGGAAUGCAAUUUAUGCCCAGCCUGGUGGCCACAAGCAUUUCCUGGAGGACCUGAACAAACUGGAACAAAGAUACCGCCAGGAACCUAACAAAGGAGUGAUGGCCGAGGCCAUCCUGCAGCAGUAUUUUAAGGACAAGGAGCAAAUAGGCACAACCAUACUUCAAUGUGAUAAAAUCCUCACCCAGGAAGAGCAGGAAAAAGCAGAGGCACAGGCGAAGGCAGAGGAGGCAGAGCGAGAGUUGGAGCGCCAAAGGCAGCAGCUGGCUGAGUUACAGCAGAGACUGCAAGAUGAGCAACGAAGAUCCGAAAUGAGCUGGUGGGAAAGGAUGCUGCAAGAAUUUUGGGAUGACUUGCAUCCUUCGGAAGAAUGGAGAAACCUGAGAAAGAUGAACCAAGGAAAACAGCAGCUUUCGGAAGAGCUUUCAGAACAGGAGAACGAAACUGGGGGACGUCUUGUCCCGGUAACUGUCGCGCUUUGCGCAUGACGCCUGGGGCUGGCAGUGCUGGAGCCCCCGCUGGAGCCAGACUUGCCCAGGGGGCCAGGGGGCAUUGGCUCAUCCUUCUCGCCAUCCCAGUGCCCUCGCUAAACUGGCCAUGGGCUUCCUGACCUGGCAUGCCUCCGGAUGG